AUGGAUGCCUACAAGUUCCGUGUCCCGAAACCCAACUACCUCCCUCACAAACAAGAUGUCGAUCACGAUAUUGUCCAAGAGUAUGAGUCUCCGCUUGGACUUGCCAGUGACAUGGAUAACGCCAAAUUCUACAACAAAUGCAAGCGCAUAGCGGAAGAAUCCGGCAUCACGCGACCAAAGGGCUACAACGUGUCGUUUCACUGCAACCCGGACAUGGAGAAACACCACUUUGGCAUGACACACCCGAUGAAGCCUUGGCGCCUCACUCUCUCCAAAUCGCUCAUAUACUCCUACGGCAUGUCAUUUGCCAUGGACAACUAUGUCUCGCGAGCCGCCACGUACGAGGAACUAGCCACAUUUCACUCAACCGACUACCUGGACUUUCUCGGCACGGUGCUCCCAGAGCCGGUUCCGCGCGAUCUCGAGAAUCAGAAUCCAGAUCUCAAAUUCAACCUUGGCGGCUCUGACUGCCCCCUCUUUGACGGCCUUUACGACUACUGCUCUAUGUCGGCGGGCGGCGCGCUCGACGGCGCGCGCAAGCUCUGCUCCAAGCAGUCGGAUAUUGCGAUUGCCUGGGGCGGCGGCCUACAUCACGCAAAAAAGGCCGAGGCUUCGGGCUUUUGCUACAUCAACGACAUUGUUGUCGCUAUCCUUCAGCUCUUGCGGUACUACCCGCGUGUUCUCUACAUUGAUAUUGAUGUGCAUCACGGUGACGGUGUCGAGGAGGCCUUCUUCUCGACCGACCGCGUCAUGACCGUCUCCUUCCACAAGUACGACCCCAACAACUUCUUCCCCGGCACGGGCGCGCUCGACGACAAUGGUCCUAAGAGCGAGCAUAAUCCCGGUGCGCACCACGCCGUCAACGUGCCUCUCAACGAUGGCAUCACCGACGAGCAGUACGAGUGGCUCUUCAACUCAAUCAUCGGCCGCAUUGUCGAAAAGUUCCGCCCUGGCGCCAUUGCCCUACAGUGCGGCGCUGACUCCCUGGCCGGCGACCGUCUCGGCCGCUUCAACCUACAGGUACAGGGCCACGGCGCCUGUGUCGAGUUUUGCAAAAAGUAUAACCUUCCACUCAUCCUGUUUGGCGGCGGCGGUUAUACCCCACGAAACGUUGCCCGCGCAUGGGCCUACGAGACGUCCAUUGCAAUCAGCUGCGACGACAAGAUUAGCCCGACGCUGCCACAGCACGUGCCGUGGCGCGACCAGUUCCGCCAGGACACGCUCUUCCCCACGCUGGAGCAAAUUCUCGGCGAACCACGCGUCAACCGCAACUCGCAGAAGCGCCUGCAGGACAUUCUUCAGCACGUCACCGAGCAGCUGCGCUUCGUUCAGGCAGCGCCCAGUGUGCAGAUGCAGGCGAUCCCGCCCGACCUGGGUGGCAUCCGCGAGGACGUGGAGCAGCGUCUCAAGGAAGAGAAUGAAGAGCGAAGCAAUGAGCUGCGACGGGCAAGAGAGGCGGGCACCGCAGUGCCCAUGGAAUUUUGA